GACCAUAGGCUAGAAUUAGAUCCCGGUGCUCCGAUUUCUCAAUCUCCGGCCACCGAGCCAGAUUUCUUCACCGUAUGUAAUUGGAGUAUUAUAUCCUUCUGUGUUUGAUUUGGAGUUACACAAAGUCGCGUGCAUGUAAUCCGAUUUUCUGCUCUACCGGAAAUGGAAUUAAGCUGAUUUGAGGGUUUGAAGAUGCCAUCGGCUCAAGAUCCCUUCUAUGUUGUAAAGGACGAGAUUCAAGAAUCUAUUGAUAAACUGCAAUCCAGCUUUCACCAAUGGGAAAGGAUUUCUUCCGAUCCAGGAGAGAGAGUACAACUCACAAAAGAGUUGCUCGCUGCCUGUGAGAGCAUUGAAUGGCAGGUGGACGAAUUAGACAAAGCUAUUGCUGUGGCAGCUAGAGACCCUUCUUGGUAUGGCAUUGAUGAUUUAGAACUUGAAAAACGAAGGAGAUGGACGAGUACAGCUAGGACACAGGUUGGAAAUGUCAAGAAAGUAGUGGGAGCUGGAAAGGAGCAAACCGGACCCGCUAGUGCAAAUGGGAUGCGUCGGGAAUUGAUGAGACUACCUAACCCACACGAUACAGACAGAUCAAACUUAUAUACACCCCACCAAGCUAACGACGACUUCAUCACAUCCGAAUCAGAUAGACAACUGCUUCUCAUAAAGCAGCAGGACGAGGAGUUGGAUGAGCUGAGUGCAAGCGUGGAGAGAAUUGGAGGCGUUGGGCUUACCAUACAUGAAGAGCUGCUUGCACAGGAUAAAAUUAUUGACGAGCUAGGAAUGGAAAUGGACAGUACAUCAAAUCGUCUUGAUUUUGUUCAGAAAAAAGUGGCUGUGGUCAUGAAGAAGGCUAGCGCCAAGGGCCAGAUAAUGAUGAUAUUGUUCUUGUUGGCUUUGUUCAUCAUUCUUUUUGUGUUGGUAUUCCUCACAUAAUCUUUGUUGCAAAACCAGGCUCUGGCCAUUCACGAGGUGUCAAAGAUGAUUUGAUAGUGGAGAAGACGAGGUAACUUUUAAGCGUAUUGUCAUACAAUGCUGAAAUUUUGAACGGAGAACUAUAUCGGGUCCUUCCUAUACAUAUAGAGUUCAUCAGAACCGAUCUUCUAAAUUACAAAAUGCAAUGUGAAACUCGUUUUCACCAGCUCCUCAUAAUUUGUUUGUUACUCGAUUGGAUCCUAUAUCUUUGUUUGGAAUUUGGAUGUUUCUUUGGUAGAUGGUAUACCUCAAUUUCGUGUAAUUAUAAAGCUCUACAGAUUAUGAUAGAUUGAACCGUUGCUAUUUCCAUA